CACUGACUCCUCACAUCAUAUCACCCCACGCCUCGCACCACCGCCGGGCGCACACACCAUCGUCUCGCUCUCUCACAACACCCUCUGCGCACCUCGCUUGCGCAAUCUCUGCGUGCGCCCGUCUGGCUGCGCGCGCGCCCGCACGACACCGCGCCGCCACUCCAGCGCCGAGUUCACCCCACUUCGCCUGAGUGCGCCCUUCGCCAUCGACACCACAUCUGAGCGCACCCUCGUCGCGCUCGCACACACACACGCCGCUGCGCCUCUGCGCCGCCGCGUCUGCAGCCCGUGCUGCCCAGCAUGCACCACGGCCCAGUGGCCGCUGCGCCGGCGCACGCCAUGCCGCGCGCGCAGCAGCACCAGCAGCAACAACACCAGCGCGCACACCGCAGCAGCAGCGGCUCGGAGGCGAUGCGCGCUGGCAGCAGCAGCUCCGGCUCGUCGCACCAGCAGCAAAGCCUUGCCGGCAGCAGCAGCGGCAUCGAGGCGCAGCGCCUCCUCGCCGCCCUCGCCGCCGAGCGCGCAGCGUCGGGCGCACCCGUGCCCUACUCGCUCAUCCCGAGCCGCAGUCUCUCGAACGCCUCGAGCCGCGUGCGCUCCAAGCAGCGCGCACACGACCCGUCCGCCGUGCUCAGCGACCAGGACGAGCCGCGCCGCUCGCACCGCAGCCGCACCUCACGCGACCGGCGGCGGCACGGCGACGAGGCUGCAGGCGCAGCGUCCGACGACUCUGCUUCGACGCAGGGCUCCGGCGCCGUCGGCGGCGAAGCGUCCGGCUCCAGCUCGCGGCAGUCUGCGCCCGGAAGCCCGGCACGGCGGCCGCGUGCCGGCACCCUUGUCGCGCGCAGCCCGCCAAACGCCGUCUCAGCAGAGUCGCUUGCCGCCAGCGCAGGCGCCCUAACGCCGACGCUGCUGCGUACGGCGCGUUCUGCCUUCUUUACGACGGCGGGCUCGUCGCCGCAGCUCUGUGCGCUCAACGCCACAGCGUCGCGCGAGUCCUCGCCCGCCCCGUCCUCGCGCGCGCCCGCACCGCCGCGUGUCCGGCCGAGCGCCAGCGCGCCGGGCAAGGAGUCGGCCAUCCGGCUUGCGCCUGCGCUGCCGAGUCUGGCUGCAGUGAGUCGUGGCCGCUCGGCCAACGUGUCGCCGUCGCGGCUAGGCCGCAGAGGCGCCAGCGCGAGCGUCCUCAGUGGCGCUGAGGACUCAAGCGGCGACGGCGACGGUGGCGCAGACAGCGAGCGGACAGCGCACGCAGACGGAACCGUGCGCCUCGCUGGGCACUUGCCUGCGACGCGGACAAGUCGGGCAAGCAGCAUUCUGAGCCGUCCGCCGAGCCGCACGAGCAUCGAUCUCGACGGCGCGCUCUUCUCCGACGACGAGGGUGAGCGGCAUGCCCUCUCUUCGUCCUCUCUUUCCGACAGCGAGGAGCUUGGCGCCUCGUCGCACUCGUCGCGCAACCACUCGCGGCGCAGCAGCAUUGCUUCGCGCGAGCGUCGUCGUGGCCUGCGCGUGCUGCUGCGGCCCGUCUCUGGCUCGGCCAAGGCGCACAGCGCGGCCUCGGAGGAGCCUGCAUCAUGUGCGACAAGCCUGGGCACGGCCACGACGAGCGCGAGCACCAGCUCAGACCACGACGGCAUGAGCGGCACGAGCGUUGUGAGCAGCCGCAGCAGCAGCUGCGAGCACACGCUCGAGUUCCGAGCGCGGCGGCGGCAACGAAGCAAGGAGGACGCUGUGCUUAUCGACGUCUUGCCGCGCGAGGACACAACUCCAGCCGCUGAGACGCACGAGGCGGAUGACGAGGGCGAAGGACUCGACAUGCGCUCGGCGUCCGUGCCAGCCUCUGCGCUGCUCAUCCGUCGGCGCAGCCGCUCGACCCGCCGCGCGGCGCUCGCUUCGCGCUCGCCGCCGCCUAGCCGUGCGGCACAGAAGCUGGCGCGGCUUGUAGGCGGCGAGGCAGCGCUACAGCCGGCGCGUCGCGAUCUCUCCAUCAGCAUCAGCCCACCGGCUGGCGCUCUGGCGCGCAGCGCCGGCAGCUCGGGCAGCGCUGCCAGUGGUACGCAGCCGGCACUGCGCAUCGAGCUGGAGCCCGAGGCGGACCCGCUGCUGUGUCCAACUCAGGGCGGCAUCGCCGACCUCGUCGCUGUGCCUGCCGUCGAGUGGGACUCAGAGAGCGAGCGGCGGCGGCGCUCCAGCGGCUCCAGCGGCCUCAGCGGCAACCGUCUGCGCCAGACGCGCGGCGCCUAUGCCUCGCCCGAGGGUACCGAGCACGAGGCUGCGCGCCGCAGCGGAUUUGCGGCGGCGUACCAGGAGCGCAUCACUGCCAUCGGCAGCCACUUGCGCCUGUGGUCUCGCAGCACUGCAGCGGACGACGCAUCGGUGGCCGCCGCCACUCCAGCUUCGCCGCCGCGCACAGAGCCCGCCGCACCGCAGUCGGCUGCGGCGUUCGUGCCGCCGCCGGCUAUGGAGCCUAUGGUGCCUUCGGCGUCAGCUGCACCAGUCGCGGUCUCCACGCAUGCAGACGAGAGCCUGUUCAGCGCCUCGUGGCGCCGCCUGGCGCGCCUGCCAAACCUCAUUCUUCUGCCGGCCUUGACGGCGCGGGCGCCCGCAGUGGCGCACGACGCGCAGGGACCUACGUCGCCGAAGCGUGUCGAUGCGCACGAAGCCGCCACGCACCUCGGUCUGCCGCCGUCGCCCACGGUCCUGCCGAUCGGACUGCCCUCGUCGCCCACCACGCCCAACUCUCCCGGCCGCUCGCCGCUCAGUCGCUGCAGCUCGGACAGCGGCGACUCGCAGUCGCGGCGCAGCAGCACGGUGGAGCACAUCAAGGAGGCGCGCGGCGUCGUCAGUCCGCUGGACGGUGAUCGCGACACGGGCGCCUACGUCAGUGGUCUCGGCGCGCCCAUCGACCCAGACACCGAGCUCUCCUCGGUCAUGCACCUGCAGACCUUCCGUAGCACGCGCAGUCGCAGCGCCAGCCGCGGGCCCGUCAACGAGCACGCUGCGCCGGCGGGCGACGAUCGGCGCAGCUCUGCUGACGAGGGAGCAGCGGGCAAGUUUGACCUUGCAGGGCGCUCGGCAGCUCGUCGGCGCGGAUCCGAGCCGCUGCUGCCCAAGUCGCUCGCCCAGCCACUGCCGGCGAGCCGAGGCCGGAUGCGCGUGCGCGACUUCCUCGAGCUGCCGCCGAAUCUCGUCGAGUCCACCGUCUCGGCGCCGACGUCGCCGGAGCUGCGCAGCUCUUCGCUCUCGCGCUCGCCCUCGAAGGAGCGCCUCGAGCCGCGCUCGGACGAGGAGGCGCGCUCCACGGAUGACCUGACGGAUGACGAGAUGACGCCCGCGGCGCCUGCGUCUGAACGCGCGCGGCGGCAGAGCGACGACGAGGACAGCGACGGUUUCCGCAAGGUGCGCCGCGGCCGUCGCGGCCGCUGCAGCCCCAGCGGCGCUGCGCCUCGCUGCUCUCGUCCAGCCGUGCAGGAGCCGGUGCCCGAGACGUUUAGCGCAUACGGCUCUUCGCUCUCAGGCUCAGGCUCAGCCUCCGAGGAAGAGGUGCCGCGCAACGCGCGCCGUCCUCGUGGCUCUGCUUCGCGCGAGCGCGAGGCGGCGAGCAGCCGCAGCAGCGGCCGCGAGUCACGCGGUCGCGCUGGCCGCGCCGGCCGCACCUCCAGUCCCUCGACGACUGCGACGCCACGCCAGAACGCCAUCGGCCUCUUCUCCAGCUCUCCCGGCACUCGGCGACGCUCGAACCGCGGUGGCGACUCUCAGCACUCCGCCGUCUCGCUGCCGCGCGUGCGCAGCUCGCCCAACCUUAGCUACGCCGCGGCCGCUGCGCACGCCGCUCAGCAUCUCCGCCAGGCUGCCGCUGCAGCUGCCGUGCCGCCGCCCGCGCCGCUCGAGAACGCCCUGCUGCCACCUGUCGGCGCUGUCGACCCCAACAGCUCGAGCGAUGACGAGUCGAGCGACACCCGCGGUCGCGCGGGCGAAGUCAAAGUGGUCAGCGUCAGCGUUGAGGCGGCCGCUGCGCCACUCGUCGCCCCGCAGGCACGCACUGCCCGGACCUCGUCGCUCGGCCGCUCCCGCCUGACUCGCGGCCCCGCUCCGCCGCCGCAUGUGCUCGUCAACGGCGGUGCGCCUGGGCGCGCUGCCUCGGCGCCGCUUCCGAGCCGGCCCUGCAUGGUCUCGAACGGCGCCCACCUCCUCAUGCUCUCCUGCGAGAUGUCCAUGAUGCGCGCCUCCAAGAUCAGCGGCAGCCUCAAGCCGCGCUGGCUCAAGGCGCGCGUCCGCCAGGUGCGCGUCUGGGACCUCAACGAGACGCCCGAGGAGGCGCCGCCUGGCAUGGGCGGAGCCACCCUCUUCCGCCCGCGUGCCGGCUCGUCGCUGCGCCACGAGGUGCUGCAGUCCUGAUCGACCGUGCCUUUGCUCCUUCUACCUCAUUGUACCACCACCUGCUCAGUCACCUAGAUUAUAUUCAUACAGACCCGG